AUGCGAGACAGGGGGCCUCGCAGAGCAGACAGCGCGCUGGAGGGUCGGCCCUCCCGUGAUCCUGGUGGACGCUGUGCUGCAGCUUCCCAGCCGAAAGAAAGCUCCAGGCCGAGUUCUCUUCAUGGGAGGCGUCUGGACGCCUCGAAAGGCGUCGAGGCCCCUCACUUGUGCAUGAACGCACUCCACUCAACAAGUUGCCUUCCUUCCCAUCCGCCAUCAUCGGGGGCUGCCUCGGAGGCUCUAGCCGAGGAGAUUCUUUCUCCGCUUCCCCGGAGAGUUCCUGCGCAUAUUGAAAGGCCCCCCUACGCCCAAUGGGGCCCCUCCAAAGCGGAUCCUUCGGAGAACCCCUCCGUGCGGGAGUGCUACAUGGAGGAGGAGGAGCAGGAGCAGGCGAGAAUGCCUGAGCCGCUUACUGAGGAAGAAAUAGCGAGACUGCGGGCUGCAUGCCGUUCGGCGCGCUUCGUGCUGGACAGCUGCAUGAGCCUCCUCUCCCCGCCACUCGAAUUAGGAGGCAUACCCAGUUCGACGCCUUUGGAGCCUGGCUCCCUCGUCUCUGUGGAUGUGACCCUCUUUCUCGACGGCUUUCACGGAGACUGCUGUGCCUCGGCGCUCUACACGCCUCCCCCAGAGGCCUCUGAGGAUCUUCCUUUGCAGACUUCCUCGCCUUUCUCGAGAGGUUCUCUUGAAAGGAAGAAGCGACUCAUUGAGGUCGCAAAGAAAGCGACGCAAAGAGGCAUCGACGCCUGCAGAGAGGGAGCUCCACUCUCUGUGAUUGGUAGAGCGAUCGAGUCUUUUUUAGGAUCAGAAGGCUUCUACUCUCCCCCAGCCCUCUGCGGCCAUGGCAUUGGCAGUGCCGCUACGAGGGAUUCUGCUGCCGCGGCUGCGGCUGCUGCGUGUGCUCUCAGCGGUGCGCAGUUCGAAGAAACCGUUCUCAUAGGCGCGCAAGGCCCCGAAAUUCUCACGAAGCCCUAG